AUGGCUGCCAAUCAGCACGUUUAUCACAUCAUUCUCAUUAAGACGAAGCCUUCCACCACGUCCAUACAAAUCGACGAAUGGGCAGCUGUAGCUAAGAGUAAUGUUGGCAAAAUUCCUGGCCUUCUUUCUUCUCGCAUAGGAACUCCUCAAGCGCCGCUGUCUACUGCGCGGACAAAAGGCUAUGAAGUUGGUGUCGUCAUGAUAUUUGAAAGCGCUCAAGCUCUCGCGGACUUUGGAAAGAAUCCCAUUCAUGAACUGAGCGCCAAACUAAGCAAGGAGUUUGCUGAAGAUCGACUAGCAUUCGACUUUUUCGAUAUGCCUUUAUCGUGCUGA